AGAGACCAAGCUGGGUCCUUACCUGCACCUCCUGGGCCGCUGACUGAACUCACUGACACAGAUCUUUAGGUGUUUGUUGAUAGAGAGGAGGAACCAUGGGACCUGGAACAUGGAGCAUAUUUAUCCUGUUUUGUCUGUCUUUCUACGGAAACAGCCAAGCCCUUACAAAGCACCCCAUCCUCUCCAGGAUACGAAGGGCUCCAGAGGCCAAAGAAGAGAGCAACAAGUGCUCCUACACCUUCCUGGUCCCUGAGCAGAAGAUCACAGGACCCAUCUGUGCCGCCCGAGGUUAUUCAACCGACAAGGACCGAGUGACACGCCUGGAUGUGGCUGCAGUGCGCGACCUUCUGUCGAAGCAGCGUGGGGAGAUGGAGACCCUGAAGCUGGUGGUGGAUGUGGAUGGCAACUUGGUGAAUGAGAUGAAGCUGUUGAGGAAAGAGAGCAGGAACAUGAACUCUCGAGUGACCCAGCUCUAUAUGCAACUGCUGCACGAGAUCAUCAGGAAGAGGGACAACUCACUGGAGCUGGCGCAGCUGGAGACGCGCAUCCUCAACGCCACCACCGAGUCACUGCGCCUGGGAUCCAGGUACAGGGAGCUGGAGGCCAAAUACGCAGCCCUGUCUGCAGUAGUGAACAACCAGUCAGUGCUGAUUGGAGCCCUGGAGGAGCGUUGUAUGCAGGUGUACAGCCGCAGGCCCGACCAGCCGCCCUUGGGACCUCCACUUGUGCAGGUGGUGCCCGAGAACAUUCCUGUUAAUGUGCCGCGUUUCACCAAUGAGAUCCAGAGGGACAACACCCGAGGCUUUGCCCGGGAAAGGGGCUCUCGCUCGGGGGCGUCACCCACAAGUGGCACCCUUGAAGUUCAGAAACCUCCAAAUAGAAACUUCAGUGCUGAAGGCCCCUUCAGAGACUGUCUUGCAGCGCAGGAAGCCGGCCACAGCACCAGCGGCAUGUACCUGAUCAGACCAGACGAAGCAGAGAGGCCUGUCCAGGCCUGGUGUGAACAGGAUAUAGACAACGGGGGUUGGACCGUAAUCCAGAGCAGGAGAGACGGCUCUGUUAACUUCUUCAGGAACUGGGAUAGCUACAAGAGCGGCUUUGGCAACAUAGACGGGGAAUACUGGCUCGGUCUGGAAGGCAUCUACAACCUAGGGAGGCAGGAAGUCUACAAGCUGCUGGUGGAGAUGGAGGACUGGAUGAACAAGAAGGUCUACGCUCAGUACAGCAGCUUCCAUUUAGAGCCUGAGAGCGUGGGCUACCGCCUACGGCUGGGCACCUACCAGGGGAACGCCGGGGACUCCCUGAGCAGCCACAACGGCAAACAGUUCACUACUCUGGAUCGAGACAAGGAUGCAUUCUCAGGUAACUGUGCCCAUUUCCACAAAGGAGGCUGGUGGUACAACGCAUGCGGCCAAGCCAAUCUUAACGGUGUCUGGUACACCGGAGGCGUUUACCGCAGCAAAUUCCAAGAUGGGAUCUUCUGGGCGGACUACGGCGGAGGCUUCUACUCGAUGAAGUCUGUCCGUAUGCUGAUCAGGCCCAUUGACUGAGGAGAUACUGUGUAAGCCAGGCUGGUCCAGGGGUAACUGUGGAGGCCAGGGGAGAAC